CAAUUUAGAAAUCUCUUUGUUGUUUUCUUGGCAUCUCCGUCAAAUGUUAGAAUAACACGUAAGUUUGAUUCAAGAAAACUAUUAUAAAACAUUUUAAUUUAUCCCUGUUGUCUUGGGAAUAAUCAAGCACUUUAUUAUGAUGCUCUGCUCAUGCCCAGCAACUAUCACAUGUUUUGGUGCCAAAAGAAAUACGUAGAUUCAACAACUUAUUAUUUGAAGAUGGCUUGAGGAAGUAAAGAUUGUUGAGGACCAAAUCUUGAUAUUGACGCUGCAGUGGCAACAGAACGGUUAUGCCAGCUGCAAUAUGAUUUUUAUUCAUCUAGCAAACAUACUACUGUUAUUUAGUAUAAUUUCAACUUUCGUUUAUUAUGGGUCAAAUCUUGGAUCACAUUCGGAUAGUGUCUCUCCACAAACAUUUAUGAGCUCUUGGGAAAAAUAUGGCUGGUUCACACUCGCUUUAUACUUAUGCCAAUACCUGGCACUUCUGGCCUUACCACAAGCAGUUUUCAAUUUCUUGGGUUUUGUUUUAUUCAACCCAUUCCCUGAAGAUCCACAAAUAGAGAAACCUAUUUUGUUAGUCCCCUUUAUAUGUUUCCGUAUGGUUACCAGAGGAGACUAUCCUGAACUAGUACGAAACAAUGUGCAGAGGAAUGCUAACACCUGCUUGGAUGCAGGGCUUGAGAAUUUUAUUAUUGAAGUAGUUGCAGACAAAUCAACGUCGCUAGUCCCUUCGCUGCAUGUACGGGAAGUGAUUGUGCCUGCAAAUUAUCAGACAAGAUCUGGAGCUAUGUUUAAAGCCAGAGCACUGCAAUACUGCCUAGAGGAUAGUGUAAAUCAACUUGAUGAUGAAGAUUGGAUUGUACAUUUGGAUGAGGAAACUUUACUGACAGUUAACAGUGUACGGGGUAUAAUUAAUUUUGUUUGCAAGGGUAAACAUCAGUUUGGCCAAGGAAUGAUAACAUAUGCCAAUGAACAGAUAGUUAAUUAUUUCCUCACGCUGUGCGAUACGCUCCGGGUAGCUGAGGAUAUGGGCAAAAUCCAAUUCCAGCUACGUGUUUUACGAAUGCCGAUUUUAGGAUGGAAAGGGUCUUAUGUCGUUUCUCAACUGGGGGCAGAACGUAAGGUGUCCUACGACAACGGCCCUGACAGCUCUGUUGCUGAGGACACAUAUUUCGGCAUCCUUGCCGCUAGCCAGGGCUAUUCGUUUGAUUUUAUUCACGGUAAUAUGUGUGAAAAAUCUCCUUUCAGCUUGAUGGAUUUCCUCCAGCAAAGGAAACGCUGGCUUCAGGGUCUUUUGCUAGUAGCUCACUCAUCUAGACUUCCCUUCAGAUAUCGAUUUCCAUUAGGCAUAAGUGUUUAUGCCUGGAUUACCAUGCCUUUAACAACCGCCAAUCUUUUUUUAAAACCGAUAUUCCCCAUCCCUAUUCCUCAGGUUGUAGAUAUUAGCGUAUCUUUCAUCGGCGGCAUUUGGAUGUUUCUUUAUAUCUAUGGUACCUGCCGAUCGUUCAGCAUUGCUCGCGUCGGGGUUUUUAAAUUCCUGCUGCUAUUGAUGACCGGUGUGAUCGUCACGCCGUUUAAAGUUGUAGUUGAAAAUAUAGCUGUUGUAUGGGGUCUUUUUACGCCAAAACACACAUUUUUCGUAGUGAAAAAAGACCUUAUGCAACUCGUGUGAUGGUGCGUUUCUGCUUCCAUUUGCAUAUGACUAUGAGUUUCCGAGCCUGAUCUCCAUAGCAAAUAAUGAAGGCAUUCUCUCCUUUCCCAAAUAGUCCUUAAGACAAAUAUUCUGUCUUGUAUUUCUAUGAGUGAAGAUUUGUUAAUAACCGUUUUUUUCAGCACAAAUUUUCCGGUGUAGGGAGCUGUACUUUAUAAAUCGUCUUACAAUCCUCUGCAAAACAAUCUUGACGCACGAGAUCCCAGUCUCGAGAUUUUCUGAGAACGAACUGUUUUUAAAUGAAUUUCAUUAACCUUCCUGGUUUUCUUAAUUACUGUAAUGUAUAACUAUAUAUG